AUGGAAAAGAAGGUGCGGGAAUACGCGCAGGGAGCCGUGAAGUUCAUACAAAAGAGCGGGAGCAACUUCCUGGCCUGCAAAAACCUAAGGGAGAGGUUAGAGGAAAAGGGGUUCAAGAGAAUUCAAGAAGGAGAAAAAUGGGACCUACGAAAAAACGAAGGAUAUGUGUUCAGUAAGCAGAACAGAAAUAUAUGCGCCUUCUUCGUGGGAAAAGAUUUUAACAUUGAAAAGGGAUCCAUCCUCAUUUCAAUUGGCCACAUCGACUCAUGCUGCUUAAAAAUAUCUCCUAACAAUAACAUGGUUAAAAGUAAAUUAAAUCAAUUGAACGUGGAAUGCUAUGGGUCCGGCUUGUGGCAUACAUGGUUUGACAGAAGCUUAGGAUUGUCUGGUCAGGUAGUAUAUAAGAAAGACGACAAACUGGUAGAAAAGCUAAUUCAAAUUAACAGAUCUGUCUUGUUCCUCCCCAGCCUUGCUAUCCACCUACAAAACAGAACCCGAUUUGAAUUCUCCGUUAAAAUUAAUUAUGAAAACCAUUUGAAGCCCAUCCUGUCUACCGUCUUAUUUGAUCAGUUGAUAAAAGGGAAAGGGGCCAACCAGGCCACAAAUGCCCUCACGGAGGAAGCUGUGCAUGGGGCACAAAUGCAGGAAAAGCGACUGGACGGGGAUGGCGUAGGUGCCGUAGACGAUGCAAACGACGCCUCCCCCGGCUGCCACUCCCACCAAGCAAAGCCCAACUCCUCUCCACUCCUCUACACACUAGCCAAAGAAUUGCAGUGCCACGAAAAGGACAUCCUCGAUUUCGAACUCUGCCUGAUGGAUGUGAACGCGCCCUGUUUCACUGGGGCCUAUGAAGAGUUCAUAGAAGGAGCCAGAUUUGACAAUCUGCUGGGUUCCUUUUGCGUCUUUGAGGCCUUCGCGGAAAUGACAGACAUGCUAAAGGGAAAAGCGACCACGCCAUCAGUAGGAGUUGCAGCGGCGGGAGGCCUCCUCCCCCCAGAGGCCCACGCAAACCUGUACAUCUGCAUCGGCUACGACCACGAAGAAAUAGGUUCCCUCAGCGAAGUCGGUGCCCAGUCCUACUUCACACAAAAUUUUAUUAAACGAAUUUUAAGUGCCAUUUGUUCUUCCAACCAAACACAAAAACAAAACACAUCCUCUGCUCCUUCCAUGGACGAGCUCUAUGGAAGCCUCAUGAACAGAUCUCUCUUGCUCAACGUAGACAUGGCACACUGCAGCCACCCCAACUACCCUGAAACGGUACAAGCAAACCACCAGCUCUUCUUCCACGAGGGAAUUGCUAUCAAGUACAAUACGAAUAAAAAUUACGUCACCUCCCCUUAUUACACCUGUUUACUCAAGAGGACCUUCGAACUCUUUGCUUCAAACUUUAAUGAAAAAAUAAAAUACCAGAAUUUUAUGGUCAAAAAUGACACACCCUGUGGUAGCACAGUUGGCUCAAUGGUUGCUGCAAACCUGUCCAUGCCAGGCAUUGACAUUGGUAUUCCUCAACUAGCUAUGCAUUCAAUAAGGGAGAUCGCCGCCGUUCGCGACAUCUACUACCUCGUCAAGGGCAUCUUGGCCUUCUACACCUACUACAGUCACGUGCACGCGUCCUGCGUACCCGAUGCCUAG